UUUUCUCACUUUUUUGUCCUUAAUAUUUCUUUCUCAUUGAUGAUCAUGUCAUGUCAGCAAAAAAGACUCCUUGUGAUGAAUGCCGUGAACGAAAACGACGCUGUAGCUAUGAAUCUCCUUGUCAAAGAUGCAUCAAGUUUGACGUUCCAUGUGUUUAUACUAUCAAAAACUCACCAGCAGACGAAGAAUAUUUACGACAAAUCAAACUACUCGAACAAGUAGAUCAACUUCAUGGCCAACUUGAUUCUAUGCAACAGGAAAUGAGUACUCUUUAUGUUACCAAUGUGUCUUCACCUAUGACAGAAGAAGUAUCAAGUCCAUCUUCAACUCUAUCUCAAUCUCAAUCUACCUCGACAACUUUGUCUACUUUUUCUGAUUUAACCUCAUCUCCUUCUCUCUCUCAUUCCGAAGAAGAUUUACGGAUUGUUAAACGACAACGGACUCAAUGUGGUCUAGAGGCAACUUUAUUUGAAAACACACAAUUAAAUCAAAUAGGAGCAACGAAAAAUUGGACAUUAUCUGUUAGUAAAGGCAAUAUUAUUAUUCGAACCGAUAUCAAAACACAUUCUCAAUUAUUGGAUUAUCUAUCAAAAAGUAUUACGACUAUAGAAAUGAACGACGUUAUUCCUUAUUCUAUCAAUGAUCUCAACAAAAAGGAUGGUAUAUUAUCAAGUGUACUUCAAGUCUUUGUUUGGAAACGUUAUGGGAAAUCUCGAUACAAAAAUAUCACUCGUGGAUUAUCUCGAACUCUGACCAACCACGAUAUCACUAAUAUGAAUUAUUCUGUCAUCUACAAUGAUUCAAUUGAAACCAUUACAUUGAAGCUUCUCCAGUCUUAUCUAUGUUGUCAACAUUUGAAUCAUCUCUCUAUCCAUGUACCUACAUUUCUCAAACUUCUUGUUCGACCUGAUAUCAUGAAGUCACCUGCUGUCCUUGCCCUAUGUGCUUUGAUUUGUACUUCUUCUUGUCGUCAUGUUGCAGCUGUUCUUCCUAUACAUCAAGAAGUGGAAUCCUAUAGUCGGUAUUACUUUGAACAAGCUCGGGAACUAGCCUCGGAUAUCUUUGAUCACGCUGAUUUGGAAACGUUUGCAACAUAUGUGUUUUUAGCCUCUUACAAAUUACAAAUUAACCAAAUGGAAGAUAGUCAACGAUAUGGCGAUAUGGCUGAAAGGAUAUCCAUCAUUCUAGAGGACGAACUUGGAGAAUCGGGACACAAUCAACAACAAAUGAAUUUUGAUCCCAUGACGACAGACAAACAUCACACAUUAUCAUCAAUACCGGCAUCAUCAGUAACAUCAGCAUCGUCGACAUCAACAGCAUCAACAUCAACAAGUACUACUGAUAUGACUGAUAUGGUUCAUGGGAAAAAAAUACUGUAUCGACGGCUACAGCAUGGAUUGUUUGAAAUAUUAUCAGUGAUCUAUAUAUCGAAACAUAGACACAACGCUAAGAAACGUGAUCAUCAUCCUCCAGUAGAUCGACGGGUGGUGAAUUUAUUCCAUGGCAUUAGUGAACUAUUGGAACCUGCGGCAGACGAUUCGGAACAAGAAAAACGACACAUUCAACUAAAAGCAUAUAUCGCCAAUCUCAACAACGAGUGUCAUCAUACAGCACAUCGAGCACCUGCUGAAGAUACUGCCAAUUAUGUGGGAAUUAUAAGUCAUAUGGUGGAAAUGGCAAUGCGACGUUGGUAUGCAGCACUUCCUGAAUCCUUCCGACUGGAUCUUCCUAUCUUUGAUGCAUUCUAUAGUAUGGAUAUGGAAAAUGGACAACCAAAAGAUCUCACUGCCACAAAUCGAUGGUUUCAAGCAGUGGAAAAUAUACCAGAUGUGAUUCCUUUACUUACAACACUAACAGUUUAUAAUGAAUGUUUGAUGAUGGCCAAGGCUCAUAUAUGCAAAACACCGGAUGAUAUUGAAAAAAGAGCAAGUUUAGCAACAUAUUGGAAAGAAAACAAAGGCUACAUUGAUCUGGAAUUUGUACGUGCUCAGUGGGGUGAUAAAUGGGUGAUGAGACUACAGAGAUUAGAGAAAUUGUUGGAAAUGAAGAAAGCAGCCAGAUAUUAUGAAAACAAGGCGAAUGGAAUCAGUGACGAUGAUGAUGAUGAUGAUGAUGAUAAACAACAUGACGAUACGAUAACUUCCAAAAAGAAAUACGAUGACAGCGUGAUUGGUGCUCUUUUGAAAUCUGGUUAUACUGAUUUUGACGAUCCUGCAGCUCAUACUGCGGUUACUGCAGGUUUGAAUGCCAUCCAACUACUCCAAUAUCUUCAGCUUCGUUAUCCAUGUCAAUAUGAUCAACGUGUGGCCUUGAAUGCAUGGGAUCUUCUUAUGCGGGCGGUUCAAUUCGAUUUUGGUAAUCAACGUUUGAAAUCAAUAAUCCAAGCAAGUCUUUUAAGGUGUCUGAAUAUGAUUCGUGAAGAAUUUAAAAGAACUCCUUUCCAAUCAAAUAUGUUAGAUUAUGUUUUUGUGAUGGAACGGCAAUACGAUGAACUCUUUUUGUAGAGUAGUUUUUAUUAUUAUUACUUGUACUACCCCUCCACCCCUUCUCUAAAUUAAUAAAUCUGUUUUAUAUUGUUUCUUUU